GUGCCCCCGUACCCUACUUUCUGUAAACUUACCGAUUCAGAACUUACCGUGAACCAUGAUUCGUUUUGUGGCUUGCCUUCUCCUAUGUGGCUUGGCCGCUGCACAACGCAGGGACAUUAUCUACGAAGACUGCGGCAGUCAGGCGAAGAUCCUCUCGGCCCAAAUAGAGCCGUGCGACUCCGACCCCUGCGUCUUGAAGCGUGGCACGAAGCCCAAGGUGUACUUCACGGUUACCUCUGAUCAGGACACCGAGAAGGCCACGCUGGAUGCUACAAUCGGCGUGUUCGGCCUCGAAAUUUCGGUGCCCGGCCUGGAUAAGGACCUGUGCGAGAACAUGGUGAAGUGUCCCAUUAGCAAGGGCCAGACCUACUCCGGCGUCAUGGAAGUGUACGUGCCGCCAUUCGCACCAGCCAUGAAGACUCACGUCUCACUCAAGGUGGUCGGUGACAAGGGCGUUAGCGUCUGCGCUAAGACACCUAUUAUGGUUGAGUAAACCAACUACCUCGGCUUUCUCCCACACUGUGCAUCCACCUGUCAGAAGCCAAGAGCACUGCACCAUACUUAAAUGCCAACUUAAGAUGACGUUUUCCGUAGGCUCUUCCGCUACCCCUCUCCCACCCCAUCCCAGUAGGAGACCACUCUUUCCAGCAGAGUCCUUCAUGACUGCAGAGACGACAUAAUUACUGCACCAACCGGAUCGCAGAAAAGAAUGGGGCUGUGGACAGAGAGCUUCACAGAAACAACUAAUAAAGUUUCCUUCUUCUACUGCAGUCGGACAAUAAUCUUCCAUUAUUAUUCCGUGAAAACGACAUUACUGCCAUUUAUAUGAUUUGACACCAAGGUUUAAAAAAGAUUGCUCGAUUGGAAGCUCACGCAAUGCUUUGCCAGCAGUAGUGAAGCCAGCUUUUGCCAUUCAAAGAUCUCAGAAACAUGCUAUUUUCUGGUGAUGCCCACUUGGACAUCAAGUGGCUUGCAUUUGUUAGUCUAAAAAAUAAGGUUGUUUCUCUCUCUC